AUGGUUGACAUCCCGCUGGUGCCGAGGGAGCAGAAGGAGGAGGUGGUGAAGAGUAUCAUCUCCUUUCUGAUUGUGCAGAAGGAGCAGGAGAAUCUGCUGUACUUCGCCAUGAAGGGCACCUACGUGGGUUCGGCGAAGUUCGCCUAUACCACUGGCCGGGAGAUGCUGAAUGCUGCCGCUGCUUUGCGAAGCAAGAAGAGUCGCCAGCAGCUUGCGAAGAAGCUUUCCAAGCAGAUGAGCUUGCCUUUCCUCUCGGAGGACAUGGGCUUGGGAAUCGUCCAGGCAGUCGUUGAUGCUUUAGGAGAUCUCGUGCUGAGCAAAGUACCGGCACGAGCUUUGGAAGCAGCUGUCAGCUCUGGCAAGGAGCAGGAGGUGCAGGAGUUUCUGACGGAAACAUUGGUCGGCAGCGAUCUGCAGAUUCCAUUUAUGGAUACCGAACAGCGUCGCUCACUGGCUUCCCAGGUCGUCGACGCUUGGCUGGGCAGCGUGGAUCGCGAGGAGGUGAAGAGGGAGCAGCUCGAGGCUGAGAAAGCCGCGGCUGAGCAGGCCGAGAUGCGGGAUAAUCUGCUAAAACAGACGUCAGAGUUGGCAUCGGCGGCACAGAAGGAGGCGUUUGACUUCCUCCAGGAUGGUGCCACCCGGCGGUACAUGCCUGCCUUUGAGUAUCAGACCAGAUCAGAGGCCAACUCGCUGAUGGAGGCCUUUGGCGGUGGCAGCGGCUCGGGUGCUCGAGGAGAACGGUUGCCGACGGUCAGCAGGGCGCCCAGUUACGGUGAGAACUGUGAACGGAGCGGUUACACGCAAGAGUCCGCCACUGUGGUCCUUCUACGAGUUGAAGUUGUCUCUGACAAGAAGGCGGCGGCGCAGGGAGCUGCGCUGGUGCAAGUCCACCACGCCGCGGAGAAGUCGGAGAAGCAGGUGCCGAAGGCUCCAGAGCACACAGAGGCGGCCAAGCCUUUGCCCACUGUGCCGGCAGCGCACCCCUCGCAAGCAGUACAGGCAUUGCCCACCGUGCUGUUAGCGAAGCCUUCGCAAGCAGAAGAGAUGGCCCACAGCUAUGGCCCCCACGGCUGUGUGAAGACUUUCCUCGCCGAGAAAAGUCGAACCUGUAUCGUCAAGACGGAGUGUUCGAUGUGGCAGGGUGAUGACUGCUUGCUCCUUCAGUUGCAGCAUCUCCUGUCGUAG